CUGAACACACUUUCCUGUUGACCAAGCCCCAGUGCUGCUCUCUAAGAUUUGUGGUCAAAUUGCCUGGAAUCAUCUGCACUCGCCUGUACCCUGCUGCCUCGUCGCUUUGUUCCCCGGACAGUCAGGACAUCAUGUCCUUGCCCUUGGAGUUGGGUUCUUUUCACCGGGACCAGACGCUGGGCAGCCUAGAGCGCCAGCUUAUCUGCCCAAUCUGCCUCGAGGUGUUCACCAAGCCCGUGGUCAUUCUCCCCUGCCAGCACAACCUCUGUCGCAAAUGUGCCAACGACCUCUUCCAGCCAUCUCUGUUCCAGGCACGGGGCAGCAUGGUGGGGGCAGGAGGGCGCUUCCGGUGCCCAUCCUGUCGACAUGAGGUGGUGCUGGACCGUCAUGGGGUCUACGGACUACAGCGCAACUUGCUGGUGGAGAACAUCAUCGACAUUUACAAACAGGAAUCGGCGAGCUCCCACUCUCAGCUCCCACCAAAGCCCACUGGCCACCCCACCUGUGAAGACCACGAGGAUGAGAAGGUCAACAUCUACUGCCUGAGCUGCCAGAUGCCCACCUGCUCCCUCUGCAAAGUCUUUGGUGCUCACAAAGACUGCCAGGUAGCACCGCUGCCUGAGGUCUAUCAGCAGCAGAAGGCGGAACUCAGUGAUGGAAUAGGUUCCCUGGUUGCCGCCAAUGACCAUGUCCAAGCCUUCAUUAGUGACCUGGAAGAUACCUGUAAAAACAUUGAGGAGAACUGCAAAAAGCAGAAGCAAACCUUGUGUGAGAAGUUUGAUCGCAUGUACAGCAUUCUAGAAGAACGAAGAAAGAUUAUGUUGCAGCGCAUUACUUAUGAGCAGGAAGAGAAGACGGGCCAUACUCGCUCACUGGUGCGAGCCUAUGGGGAGCACGUGGAGGCCAACUCCAAACUGGUGGAGACAGCGCUACACACUAUGGAGGAACCUGAGAUGGCAGCCUUCCUGCAGAAUGCAAGAUCGCUGAUUGAGAAAGUCACUGAGGCCACCAAAACCUCCACUGUAGAGGCCCUAGAGCCAGGCUUUGAGAACAUGGACCACUACAGGGUAGACUUCAAUGCAGAGGAGAGAGCACUCUACCUCCUGGAUUUUGUCAAAACUGAAGAUGAAGUAGAAGAGGUUCAAGAGGAGCCAGAGGCAGAACCAGAACCUGAACCUGAGCCAGAUCCUGAAGCUGAGCUGGAUCGGGAGUUUGUCUUGGACCCUGAGGCAGUAACGGGACUGAAGGAGGAUAACUAUGGGAUUAAGGGUGGGGAGAAUGAGGACAUGAGAGGGCAGGCAGAAGGCUGUGCUGAUCCCAAGAAAGAGCUCCUGUGUGACCGCAAAGGUCUGAAUACACAGCAGGCCGUCGCUCUGGUCUUUUACAUCGUGGCUUUGAUGAUCAUCUGUCAGCGAAUCUGGGGUUACAUUCAGUGCAUCACUUGUAAAUAGCAAGGUUGGCUGGACGGACUGUACCUGAACCUAAGAUUGGAGCUGGGAACGCUUCACAAGCAGGUUGCCACCUGCCUCCGGUCACAGAGCCAGCUCGCAUCAUCUUCUCCUUCUCAUGGCUGAAUGCCCUCUCCAAAAAGAAGAAGUGAUGGUAUCAGAAGGACACCUUGUUAACCCAUUGGCCCCUCAAUGGGCAGACAUGGAUUUUGGUGUUGAGUAAAUGAGAGAUCCCAUUUGUCCUGUGUUCAGUCCUUCUUGAAUUCUUACCUUCUAAUUGGUAUGGUAUAUUCAAAACUGUUAUUGCUGGCUGCUGUGUGCUAUUAUUAUUUUUACGAAAAAUAUAGAAAAUCCUUGGCUCGUACUUAAAUCAUGGAUAAUUACUAAGGUUGAGUGUAAAUAAAGCAAAUGAUUUUCUGACAGUUUUGUAUAUCAUUAAAUGGUGUGGACUUGAUCUGAUGAAAGUGUACUUUAAACUGAAAUUAUGAAUUGUACUUGUAAUUCAUAAAGUCUUAAUUACAGUUGAAUUAUUAGGAAAUGCAUGCACUAAUCUAAACUCUUAUUUGCUCAACAAAGUAAU